AUGACAUUGCGACAUGUAAGGGUUUCUCUCUUUUUAUCUUUCUUUCUUGAAAAUGGCAGGGCUUCUGAUUUUUUUUCUCUUUUUCUUCUUUCUCUUCUUCUAACAUUUCUUCUUCUUCUUCUUCUUCUUCUUCUUCUUCUUCUUCUUCUUCUUAUCUUUUCUUCUUUAUUAUUUUUAUGUACUUCUUUUCCAUUGAUUCAUUAUCUUUUCUCUAUCUCUUAUUAUUUUUUUAUGUACAUUCUUCUUUUUCCUUCUUUUCAUUGUUCAUUUUUUGUAACUCAUCCUUCUUCUAUGUUUUUUUUUUUUUUUUCUUCUUUUCUUCUUCUUCUUUAUUCUGCAUUCUUUCCUUCAAUACCGUUUUUUAGGGAUUCCAUUCCCACGCCUUCACCUAUUCCUUCUGGCCGUUAUAUCUCUCCUCCUCUUCUUCUUUGCUUUCAUUAUCUUUCAUAUUCCAUUCUACGACUUCUUUCCUUCUUCUUCAUCGCCCUCUUCCUUUGCAUUCCUUUCUUUUUGUUGUUUUUCUUCUUCUUCUUCUUCUUCUUCUUCUUCUUCUUCUUCUUCUUCUUCUUCUUCUUCUUUCCAUUGAUUCAUUAUCUUUUUCUCUAUCUCUUAUUAUUUUUUAUGUACACUUCUUUUUCCUUCUUUUCAUUGUUCAUUUUCUCAUCCUUCUAUGUUUUUUUCUUUUUUCGCUUUCCUUGUUUAUUCUGCAUUCUUUCCUUCGACUUUUUCGACACUUUAUUUCUUCUUGCUUUAUAUCUUCCUCCUUUCUUCUUUGCCAUUAUCUUUCAUGUAUUUUGUAACUUAUUUUUUCUUCUUCUUCUUCUUCUUGUUCUUCUUCUUCUUCUUCUUCUUCUUCUUCUUCUUCUUCUUCUUCUUCUUCUUCUUCUUCUUCUUCUUCGCCACCUUAUUUUUCUUCUUAUUCUCUUCUUCUUCUUCUUCUUCUUCUUCUUCUUCUUCUUCCUCCUUUAUUUUUAUUUUUCUUGUUGUUCUCUUCUUCUUCUUCUCCUUCUUCGCCACCUUAUCCUUCUUGUUGUUCUCUUCUUCUUCUUCUUCUUCUCCUUCUUCUUCUUCUUCUUCGCCACCUUAUUUUUCUUGUUGUUCUCUUCUUCUUCUUCUCCUUCUUCGCCACCUUAUUCUUUGGAUGUUCUCUUCUUCUUCUUCUUCUUUGUCACCUUUUUCUUCUUGUUGUUCUCUUCUUUCUUCUUCUUCUUCUUCUUCUUCUUCUUCUUCUUCUUCUUCUUCGUCACCUUCUUUUUCGUGUUCUUUUCUUCUUGUUCUUCUUCUUCGCCACCUUAUUGUUCGUCUUGUUCUCUUCUUCUUCUUCUUCUUCGUCUACUUCUUCUUCUUCUUGUUCUCUUCUCCUUCUUUGCCAACUUAUUCUUCUUCUUGUUCUCUUCUUCUUCUUCUUGUUUUCUUCUUCCCCUGUUUUUUCACCACCUUAUUCUUCUUUUUGAUGUCUUCUUCUUUUUCUUCGCCACCUUAUUAUUUUUGUUUUCUUCUUCUUCACCACCUUAUUCUUCUUCUUUUUCUUCUUCUUCGCCACCUUAUUCUUCUUACGCGAUGUAA